UGAGUCAGUCAGGGGGAGUAGAGUCUAAGUGUUGAGGAGUGGAACCGUUGUUCGGUUGUGCACCAGACACCAUGGUUGACACCCGUAGUGGGAAGAGUACUGCCCCCUAUGCCCAAGCUCAAGAGGAGCAAGCCGCCACUACACUGAGAGAGAGAAGGGAGAAGAAGGAGCUCAUCAAGCAAGCGAAGUUGAAGGCGAUAGCGGAGGAGCAGGCGGCGAAGAAGACGAAGUUGGAAGAAGAAAUGAUGAGAUUACAGAAGGAGAAGAUGUUGAAGUUACAGCAGGAGGAGGAAGAGAAGAGGAAGGCUGCCGAAGAAGAAGCAGCAGCAGAGGAGGAGGAGGUAGAAGAAGAACCCCUUGAAAGGAGGCAUGGGGGAGAUAGAGGAGAGACAAGUGGCAUGAAGGGGGAAGACGCAUGGAUGGAGAAGAAAAUUAGCGAGUGGGUAGCUAACUUAUCGUUGGGAGAGGAUGAGGAGGCACUGUUGUACGUGCCACAGGAGGAGAGAGAAGCAUUUGCCAAGGAAUUAGAAGCAAAGGAGGACCCCCUGGAACGCCCGACCGCGGAAGAUGAGAAGCGCUUGGAGUGGAAGUUACGGCUGGCAAGAGAGAAGAAGAGAAGGAGGGAAGAGGCCAACCGGGUGGCCAAAGAGGUGGAAAAGAUCCGCGCAUGCAGACAAGAGGUGCAGGCACAAAUAAAGACCCCCGCGAAAUUAGAUAAGAUUUUGGGGUAUCUUGAGGUCCUGAGCGAGGCUUGGCUUGAGGAACACCAAGCCAAUAAGGGUCAAGAUGUGACCCUUCAUGCCAUCCGGUCCGGUUUUAGAGAGCGCGACGUGGUAACCCACGUCGGGACCAAGGUCAAAAGGUUGAAGGAAGGCGCAAAGAAGUUCUGCGCAGGCGCCGUUGAAGGUGCCAAAGUAGUGGCCAAGGCAGAGGCCGUGUCGCGUCCCCGCAAGGAGCCUGUAAAGCUCAAAUUCCCUGAUUCGCAUAGCGGGAAAAAGGACGAUAGUUUCGAUAACUGAGAGGCUAGCACCAAGACAUAUGUUUAUUUGCAGCAUAUCGCUCCCGAGGAACAAGUCCUCGUAGCCUUCCAUGGAU